AUGGGUGCCGUUGUUCGCCUAAAUGUUCUUCGAAUCACAUCGGCGAACCAACCGUUGGUGCUAUUUCGUAUGGUCUGGAUAAGAAGUUAUUUCUCGGAAUUAUUCUUGGCCAGAAAAAUCUGUGGUGAAGAACAAAUUUGGAUCCGAACUGCGGAUCCAGUGAUGCGUAUGUUACUUGCUCGUUUUGAAAGGCUUUGUAUUGAUCUUUUCCGUGGAUCUGAUCGACAAAGCACUGCAAGAUGCUUAAAUAUGGAUGAUGUUCAAAUACAUAAUAUUGUUUCAGUUGGCGAUUUACUAGCGCUGGAUGUUACGCCACUACUGCUGGGUAUCGAACAGGCGGUGAUACUACGUUACUUAUUCCGACAAUCAACCGGGAGUACUGAUCCUGAGAGAAAAAAAAAUCCCUUACGAAAUAAGAUUUGCGAUGAUGAGAGACAAAAUAUGUUGGGCAUCACUUUUGAUAUUGUCCAGCUUCAAAACAUCAGGUGUUUUGUAACUCCGGAAGAACUGGUUUCAUGUCGACUCAAAGAAUGCACCAGGUGGGGUCCCAUAAGGAAGUGGCCCCAACAGCGGAGGGGAUUAAAAUCUGUUACUGAAGCAGUGAUUUUUGAAGUGAAGAAACGUUAA